UUUUCUAUUACAAAAAAAUAAUAUGAACAGAAGAUGCAUGUAGUCAUGGCAUCUUUAUGAGCUCCUUGUUUAUUAAAAGCCUCUUAAAUUUAUCACAAUUCUUGUAAUUCCCAAUUAAUUCCUCUAAAAUCAUAUACUAAUGGUAAAAACCAGCUCCUCCGAAUUGAUGAAGGCUGUCUGGAACGAAGAUGGAGAAGCAAAAAUCAAGAGAUCAGGUCAAGAGGAGAAGAGAAGUGGGAAAAAUGCAGAGAGAGAUAGGAAGCCUGAUCCAAAUCUCACUAGCUUCACCCCUCAAGAGGAGGAUCUAAUCAUCCAGCUGCAUUCUCUGCUCGGAAGCAGGUGGAGUAUCAUAGCCCGACAGCUCCAAGAAAAGACAGAAAGCGACGUGAAGAAUGUAUGGAACCGUAAGCUGAAGAAGAAGCUGUCAGCAAUGGGGAUAGAUCCGGUGACGCACAAGCCCUUCUCUCAGAUCCUGGGUAGCGUGGGGGCGUCCACGCGCCACCCUCCUCUUCACUCUCGGGAGUUAUUGAAAGGGGAAUCGGUUGUGACGGCGCCGAUGAAGGCGGAGGAGCUCUGUGAUCAGGUGGAGGCGUCGAGCUUCAGCUGGAACGCUUUCUUUCUCGAGGAGGCGUUGGCGGCCCAUGAAAAUAUUGGAGGGGAGUUUGCUGGUGAGGUUUUGGGAGAUGGGGAGAUUGAUGGCUGCGGUGGAGGUGGAUUUGAGGCGUCGGCGGCGGCGGCAAGCGAUGAUUGGGAAGCAAGAUGAGAUGUGCUCGGAACUGCCUUGCUUCUAUGAGGAGCCUUAUUAGUACUAAGAAAGAAAUGAUAAUGAUGUAAAAUUCACUAUGUUAGUCUGUUUACUUCGCAUGUUACUAGAGGAAUCCACUAUCAUCUAAUGGGUUUAUUAGGAUUUACGAAAAAAAUUUAUUGAAUCCGAGGUCCAAAAUUUAAGUAUUUUCUUUGAAUUAUUUGUUUUAAGUAAU